UUUUAAUGGAAAUAUAAUAUGAGCGUAGUUGAAUCGAACUUAUAUUAAGAGUCAUGUCAUUUGCUGUAAAUCUUUAUUUGCAUUGUUUGUGACUGACAAUAAUCAACAAGGUUGUGCGAUGGUCAGCUUCGAGCAAAGUUUUACCGCUGUGGAUUUGAUUCUCAUAACAUCUGGGAUUCCAUCGUGUAGUUCAUUUUAUCCCGUUAGCAUCAAAUCCGCAUUAAAAAGAAAUGCUGUUUUCUUGAUGGCCUUUACUUUGUUGUUUUACACCGCUUUUGGAGAACUUGUGUACCUAGUGGAAAUGCUGCAGAGAGAUUUCUCAUUUCUGGAGAUUACAUUUCAGGCCCCGUGUCUUGGCUAUUGUACAAUUGGAUUGAUGAAAAUGUUGAUUUUGGCAGUUAAAAGAAACACUAUUGCAGAGCUGGUGCAAUCACUUCAAGAAGAAUGGAAUAAAUCGGUUCGAAGUUUGGAACACCAAUCGAUAUGUGAUGAUGUCAUGAAACCAGCAAUUCGUUUUACUACAAUAGUAGCAGUGGUUAACAUCGUGAUGGGACUGGCUUUUACUCUGCUGCCGAUUCCGGAAAUGAUUUAUUACUAUUCCACACACGGCAAAUGGGUUCGUCAAUUGCCGUUUCUUAUUUGGUGGAGCUUUGAUGCCUACUCGGGUUUCGUGUACUAUUUUAUAUAUCCGCUGUAUGUUGUGAUCGGAUUCUCCGGUAUUAUCAUCCACAUGGGUUUCGACUGUUUGUUUUGCAUUCUGUCUGCUCACUUAUGUGUGCAUCUUAGGAUUCUGAAGUUUGACUUGGAAAAUUUAACCUACGGACUCGAUAGCUCAGAAAACAUGAGCAUAAAACUCAAUCCAAAAUUAUUUUAUAUUGUGGAAAAACACCAGAAUAUUCUAGAAUGCCACGAUAGGAUGAACAAGAUCUUUAACUUUGCAUUGUUCUACAACUUUUUUGUGAGCUCGUUCAUUAUUUGCAUUCAAGGUUUUAUGGUAACUGCAGCUUCCGGUUAUACCCUCAUCAAAUUUGCACUCUUUUUGGCGAGUUUUCUAGUGGAACUUUUUCUUUUGUGUUUCUAUGGACAUCACAUUGUCGAAAGCAGUGUGCUUGUAGCGGAGGCUGCUUACAAUUGUCUUUGGUACAACACAAAUCACCAGUUCCGGACAAUUAUCCUUCAGAUGGUCAAUAAGGGACAAAUACCUUUGUCGUUGAUGGCAUGGAAAAUAUGGCCUGUGAAUAUGAAUACAUUUGCAAAUAUUUUAAGCGCAUCGUGGUCGUAUUUCACUCUAAUUCGUACCGUCUAUGCCGAUUGAUUCGUUUUUCUUUGGAUUUGCUGCUGUUGCGGAAAUCAUGAUUUUGAUAUCACUAUUUCGUUUCUUAUCCUAUUAAAUGUAUCAAACGGCACGCAUCUACAAUUUAAUGUUCUGCUUCAAUAAACGAAAAUUUACAUUCUUGCAUGAUGAUAUGGAAACGUUGCGUUCUGAAUUUGUUUUGUUCACAGCGGUAGCACGUGAACAUGUUAGCACCCACAGCGGGAGAGCACAACUGUGAAAUUCAAAUGAAGAUAUUAUCGUGGAAUUGAAUUAAGAUAACAAUAAAUCAUAGCCAGCAGUAAUUGAAAUCUUCAGAUACAGAUGAAAUAAAAAACAGCAUUCUUAGUUUAAUACUUCGAGUAACUUCAAGCGAUAAACAGAAAAUAAAAUACUCUAUACCUCAAUGUUGAGUAGCAUGCAA